CAUUACGCAUGCGUAUCUUAUGUACCGAAACCCAUCAUCUUUUAUGGCAAGCAGAGCUAGCCUUUUAUGUUUAUUUUUUAAACACCUUUACACCAGAAAGACUUUGCCUCAGUGCUCUGAAUAAUAUGCCACCUUAGUGAGAGCAGAGACCCGGCAAGGUGCCAUGAGGAGACGGUUGUCUCACAGGGACUCCAAAACCCUGCCCCCCUAUGACAGAAGUCCUGACUCGCCCCCCUGUAACCGAGGGCCCUACCCCUGCUGCUUCUGCUGGUGCUGCUGUUGCAGCUGUUCUUGCCUGACAGUGCCGAAUAAAGACAAGGAUGCGUGCAGCAGGAGGGCGUCCAACAUCUCCACACUAGAGAGCCUUCAGAGGAACGAGGAUAGUGGCAGGCUGAGUGUGGAGGAGGCCUCAUCCUGGGCGCUGUCCUUCAGCACUCUCCUGGACAAUGCGGCCGGCCGUGAAGUCUUCAUGGAGUUCCUGCGCUCGGAGCACAGUGAUGAGAACAUGCUCUUCUGGCAGGCGUGUGAGGACCUCAAGACAGAGCAACAGAAGGGUGAUAUCCGGGAGAGGGCCAAACAAGUCUACCUGGACUACAUCUCCAUACUCUCUCCCAAAGAGGUCAGCAUUGAUGCCACAGUGCGGGAGACAAUCAACAGAAACAUGGCAACUCCCACCGUGCACGUUUUUGAUGAUGCCCAAGCGCAAAUCUACGCACUGAUGCACAGAGACUCGUACCCACGAUUUCUGAACUCCCCUCUCUACCAGUCUCUGUUGCAGAGCCUCAGUUCAAACAACUCCUCCAAUAGCUAGGAGGUGCUAGAGUGCUGGCGGCAGAUCCCCAGUUCCUAGUCAGUAGAAGUCACACGCUACAGUAUGUUUUACACAAUUCGACAGUUGUUUAGAGGUUGACUUUGUAAAAUGUGUUUAAAAAAGUGACACCCUGAAAUGGUACAGUGCUUUCCUCAUACUGUACUCUGAAUGAAAACCAAGUCUUGAUUUUUAACCUUAUUUUUUAUUCUUUAUAACAACCUUUGGCGAGGGGUCUGCGGAGCAAGAGUCAUCAACACAAGCCUUGUUUCAAUGGUGCAGAAGUCUUUGGUACCCGCUACAGGACAGAUUUUUGUUGUCCAGAAAUGCUUCCGGAUUUUUCUGGACUGAUGUUUACGGGCAUUCCCUAAGAAGUGAAUUUAAGGACAUAAUAAUCCUAAUAAAAGUGUAUCAUAGUAAAAUCAUAGCAAAGUGUAAUAAAGCAUAGUGAACGUAUGUUUCAUUACA